CUGUUGGGUCUCGAGGAUGUCUGGUCGCGGCAAAGGCGGGAAGGGGCUGGGGAAAGGCGGCGCCAAGAGACACCGGAAGGUGCUUCGUGAUAACAUCCAGGGGAUUACUAAACCUGCUAUCCGUCGUCUUGCUCGCCGCGGGGGCGUGAAGCGUAUUUCUGGGCUCAUCUACGAGGAGACCCGUGGCGUCCUUAAAGUUUUCCUCGAGAAUGUCAUCCGUGACGCUGUAACUUACACCGAGCACGCCAAGAGGAAGACCGUGACUGCCAUGGACGUGGUCUAUGCCCUGAAACGCCAAGGCCGCACUUUGUACGGAUUUGGCGGCUAAAUUUUCGUU